AUGGAAGAAGAGCACGAGUUCAACAUUGAGAAGGUGUCGCCGAUAUGGCUCAUCACGGCACUUUGCGUUGUGCCGUUUGGCCUGUAUCAAUUGCUCAACUUCCUUAGUCCGUUGAUACAUCGGUUGACGGCUAUGAAGAUCUCCGCGAUGUACAUCUACCCCAUCAAAUCGCUACGAGCGAUUAAAGUCACAGAAGCCAUUGCCACAGCCCAUGGAUUCAAACACGACCGUUCCUUUAUGCUCCUCCAGGAAACCAAAGACGGCUACAAAAACAUGGCCGUAGCAGGCUACCCCGAAAUGACGCAGUUCCUCCAGGAGAUGAAAGACAACACCAUCACCGUCAAAUACAUUGCGUGCGGAGACGUUUCGAAAGAAUCAUCAAUUGACAUACCUCUGGAGCCAGACACGGAGAAACUGGAUCCCAUCGACAUCAACAUGCACUCUGCUCCGACAACCGCCCAUCGCAUGCCGCAAAAAUACAACGAUUGGUUCACCUCCUGCUUCGGGUAUCCCGUCAUCUUCGUCUACCUAGGCGCCAAUCUCCGUGACGUAAAGUUCCAGGACAUGCAGCCGCUGGAACCAGAUCCGCUGACCCGGUUUCUGAGCAAACAUGUGCCGUUUACAAAGUCGUAUGUGGAAAAAGUAAUGGGUUUGCAUAAAUCUGGGGAGGAGAGCUGGAAGAUUACUUUUGCGGAUUGUGCGCCUUAUCUUUUCACUUCGCAGACUAGUCUUGAAGAUGUGUCGUCCCGGCUUCCAGAGGGUGUGGAUAUGGAUAUUGAAAAGUUCCGUCCCAACGUCGUUGUUGAAGGUGCUUAUGAUCCGUAUCAGGAAGACUAUUGGGGUAAGCUUACGGUUAAUGGGAGAACGGAAAUCAUCCUCCCGCAUAAUUGUGUGAGGUGCAAGAGCAUUAAUAUUGACCACAAGACGGGUAAACCGGGAGAAGGGCCAGCGGGUGAGGUGCUGAAGAGGUUGCAGAAGGAUCGGAGGGUCGAUAUCGGGGCGAAGUGGAGUCCGGUCUUCGGACGGUAUGGGUUUUGGGGGAGCAAUGGAAAGAAGACGGAGGAGGUGUGGAGGGUGGGAGAUAGAGUCAAUGUGGCCAAAGUUAAUGAGGGGCUGACCGUCUGGAGUUGGCCUGGCGUUGGGUAG